ACCCCAUUAAACAAACAACAUUGAAAAUCACAAACAUACAUACAUAUGUACAUACAAAAUUAUACGCAUGUCGUACGAUCUAUGAGAAAAAGAGAAAAAAAUCGUGGCUUAUUGUUGUACCUCUAGCUGAGCGAGCGGUGACUUAAUUCGGUUAAGACGGGGACAGUUCGUACUCUUCGUUGUUUCUCCUUCAUUCAGUGGCAAAGGAAAAUAAAAGAAAUAAACAUUUGCUGAAGGUUUAUUUGAGAGCGCACAGUCAUCAAAAUGUCUACUUUGUUACCUGGAAAUAUUGUCUAUGGUGGACCUGUAACAGGUACCGAGACACAAAGCUACAAAUCAUUGGGCCACUAUGUUAUGGAGAAGUACAAGAGUUUUGGAGACAAGGCAGCCCUGAUCGAUGGCGUCACUGGACAGGAGUAUACGGCCCAAUAUAUGUACAAAUCAAUUGUUCGACUAGCUCAUGUUUUAAAACAUUUGGGUAUUCAAAGCAAUGAUGUCGUUGGCCUUUCCAGUGAGAAUCGUAUCGAAUACGCCAUUACAAUGUUUGCUGCAUUUGCUGUAAAUGCCACUGUAGCUCCAUUGAACAUAACUUAUUCUGAGCGUGAGGUACAUCAUGCCAUCAAUUUGUCUAAGCCCAAAGUAAUGUUUGCCUCCAAAAUGACCAUUGAUCGCAUUGCAAAGGUGGCAAAGAAUAACUCAUUUGUUAAGAAGAUAGUGGUUUUUAGCGACAGUUCACCAAAUUCUCAUGUUUUGUCUUUCAAAGAAUUAAUGGAAAGCAAAAAAAUUGUGUCUUCGGAUACAUUUGAAUGUGUGACUGCCAAUAAGGGCGAAGAUGUUGCCUUGAUUGUAUGUUCAUCGGGCACCACAGGCUUGCCCAAAGGUGUACAAUUGACACAAUCGAAUAUUUUGAUAACAAUCGACUCCCAACUCGAGCCCACCGCUAUACCCUUAGGGGAAAUAAAAAUGCUAACCGUUAUCCCCUGGUUCCACGCCUUUGGCUGCCUAACUCUUAUUACCACAGCAUGCAUGGGCUCCAUUUUAGUAUAUUUGCCUAAAUUUGAAGACCAUCUCUUUUUGAGUGCCAUCGAAAAGCAUCGCAUAUUGAUGGCCUUUAUGGUGCCACCAUUGAUGGUAUUCUUGGCUAAACAUCCCAUAGUCGACAAAUAUGAUUUAUCAUCUUUGUUGGUAUUGCUGUGUGGAGCUGCUCCCCUGAGUAAAGAAACCGAAGAUCAAAUCAAAGAACGCAUCGGAGUGCCAAUUAUUCGUCAAGGCUAUGGCCUUAGUGAAUCCACAUUGAGUGUAUUGGUGCAAAAUGAUAAUGCCUGCAAACCCGGCAGUGUUGGUUCCCUGAAAGUAGGCCUUUAUGCCAAGGUCAUGGAUCCGGAUACCGGCAAAAUUUUGGGUCCCAAUCAACGUGGUGAACUAUGCUUCAAAGGCGAUUGUAUUAUGAAGGGAUACAUUGGGGACACCAAAUCCACCCAGACUGCCAUCAUCGAUGGUUGGCUACAUACCGGAGACAUUGGCUAUUUUGAUGAUGAUUUUGAAUUCUUCAUUGUGGAUCGCAUAAAGGAAUUGAUUAAAUACAAAGCCUUUCAAGUACCACCUGCAGAAAUUGAGGCUCUGCUUUUGACCAACCCAAAGAUUAAGGACGCUGCUGUUAUUGGCAAACCCGAUGAGGAAGCCGGUGAAUUGCCCAUGGCAUUUGUUGUGAAACAAGCCAACGUGCAGCUUAGCGAGCAGGAAGUUAUUGAUUUUGUUGCCGAACGUGCCUCACCUGCUAAAAAAUUGCGUGGUGGUGUUAUGUUUGUCGAUGAAAUUCCCAAAAAUCCAAGUGGUAAGAUUCUACGACGUGUUCUGCGUGAUAUGCUCAAGAAAAAGACCAAGUCUAAAUUAUAAAAUUGCCCCCCUUCCCUACAUUCCAUUUUACAAAAAACAUGGUUGUAUAUAGAAUUAAUUAACCAAAGUCAAACAAAUAUGCAAUGUUUAAUACCUGAUUAGUAAAAUAAUAUAAUAGCCGGCAAUAAUUUUUUAUGUGUUGUAUGUGUUAAGGUGAAGCUA